AUGGACAAUUCUCUUUACGUGUAUUGUCAUUUAUUUCUCUGUCUUUCUCUUUCUUUCUCUCUCUCUCUCUCUCACUUUCUCUCUCUUACUUUACUUUCCUUCUUUUUUUUUUUCUCUCUUCUUUCUCUUCCUUUCUCUGUCUUUUUUUGUUUUUUCUAUGCCUUUCUUUCUAUCUUUCUUUCUCUCUGCCUUCCUUUUUCUUUCUUUUUCCUUCUCUCACUUCUCUUCUCUUUCUUUCUUUUCUUCACCCCUGUUUUCUUUCUUCCCUUUUCUUUCUUUCUUUCUUUAUCUCUCUGUCUCUCCCCUCACUUCCAUCUCUGCCCCAUUCUUUCAUUCUCUUUAUCAUUUACUCCUUUUCGGCUUCCGGAUAGUCCUUCUCUCUCUCUCUCUCUCUCUCUCGCUCUCUCUCUCUCUCUCACUUUCACUCUCACUCCCUGUUUAUGCAUUCUCUCCCUUUCUGACCCUUUCUCCUUGACACUAUAUCUUUUUAUUGGUUUCAUUCUCUCUCUCUCUCUCUCUCUCACUCUCUCUGUCUCUCACUUUCACUCUCACGCCAUAUUUAUUCAAUCUCUCCCUUUCAUGCCCAUUCUCCUUGACACUAUAUCUUUUUAUUGGUUUCAUUCUAUCUCUCUCUCUCUCUCUCUGUCUCUCACUUUCACUCACGCCAUAUUUAUUCAAUCUCUCCCUUUCAUGCCCAUUCUCCUUGACACUAUAUCUUUUUAUUGGUUUCAUUCUAUCUCUCUCUUCUCUCUCUCUCUCUCUCUCUCUCUCUCUCUCACUUUCACUCUCACGCCAUAUUUAUUCAAUCUCUCCAUUUCAUGCCCAUUCUCCUUGACACUAUAUCUUUUUAUUGGUUUCAUUCUCUCUCUCUCUCUCUCUCUCUCUCUCUCUGUCUCUCACUUUCACUCUCACGCCAUAUUUAUUCAAUCUCUCCCUUUCAUGCCCAUUCUCCUUGACACUAUAUCUUUUUAUUGGUUUCAUUCUAUCUCUCUCUCUCUCUCUCUCUCUCUGUCUCUCACAUAUUUUUCAACUCUUUCACGCCCAUAUUUAUUCAAUCUCUCCCUUUCAUGCCCAUUCUCCUUGACACUAUAUUUUUAUUGGUUCCAUUUCAUGGCCAUUCUCUCUCUCUCUCUUUUAUUGGUUUCAUCUCUCUCUCUCUCUCUCUCUGUCUCUCUCUGUCUCUCACUUUCACUCACGCCAUAUUUAUUCAAUCUCUCCCUUUCAUGCCCAUUCUCCUUGACACUAUAUCUUUUUAUUGGUUUCAUUCUCUCUCUCUCUCUCUCUCUCUCUCACUCUCUCUGUCUCUCACUUUCACUCUCACGCCAUAUUUAUUCAAUCUCUCCCUUUCAUGCCCAUUCUCCUUGA